CCUCUGUGACAUGCUUGCGUGUAAAAAGGGCUAUACAAAUAAAUUUGAUUUGAAUGUUAUUUUUUAUUCCUAUUUUUAUCUGGCCAGUCGUGCCUUGCUAAGUUGUGAAGAAAGCCUUUUGCAAUUCAGUGGCCAAUUACGAAACACGAUCUGUGAAAUCGGACACUGACACGUGAUUAUCACAGCAAGGUAAAUUCCUGCAAUCGUUGUGUGCAAUUAUGUCUGUGUCUCAUCUCUUCACGCCCCCUCCCGUUUUCCACUAGCCUACGUCACUUCUAUCUGGCGCUGCCUCUUUUAGCGUAGUUGUCACGACAACGGCGCACUGUCUUCACUCCAAACACUUCUUGCGCGUUGCACACCUUUGUUUGGGUUUGUCUUUGUGAGCCGCAAAACUGUGUGAUAAAUACUUGAUGACUCUGCGCAGCUGCCUAUGAAGUUGACUUGACAAGCCUUAAGAGCGGAAACUUGUUUGGGUGAUCGAGAUGAGCGUGUCUCACUCGUCAUGAUUGUUCUUCACGUCACAGACGUCAUUGACCGGUUUUUAAUCUCACGAUGGACAUGUCAGCGGAAUGGGCCCGGACACCUGCACAGGUGGACAACAAGAGUGUGACCCUGAACGAAACAGAAUGGGAACAAACCAGUCAACUGCAAGAUAAUGAACAUGUCAACGUCUUACUUGACAUUAGUGAAGACAUCUGUUAUAAAGAACAGGAGCCGUUGGAAUCCCUGUCCCUCAACGGUUGGGAAGAAGCUGUCCAUGGAUGGGGUCUGUCUUCUCCUCUCUCCUGCCUGUUCCAGCCCCCGCGGAGAGGGAGAGCAACCAGGACCACACACCCUGCAGACUACCACUGCCUCCUGUGUGCCGACCUGAAGCUUUGGGAACCCCCGGGGCCUGACGAUCGACCCCAUUCCCCCACGUCCAGCUCAGGGGCCCCUCGUGAAGACCCCCAGCUCAGCAAACCUUCUAGAUCAGCCCUGUCACACUGUCACGCCUACGUCCCCUACAACCGGCACUCUGAGCUCCGCUGGAGUCAAUCUGCUGUUCCCUGCGGUCCCUUUCUCUCCGGUCGCCGUCCUGCUCCCCCCUCGGCUGUUUGUGGUCACUCCCCCCUCUCCUCCAGCCCCUCUCCUCCGGUCAUCCACCCUUCCUCCGACAUGGAGGCCCUCGUGUCUCCCAGGAUGCAGAGCCUGAACAAGGCUUCCCAGCAGCCUUCUGUCAGAGACAAGCUGUCGUCGGAGGAGGACAGGGGUGGUGAACCCUGCCCCCCCCCCCAGGAGGUGUCUGACGGCCCCCAGCCGGAGGACAGGGGAGGAAACAUGAAGCUGAUCAUCAACAGCUUCUCUGUCCUGCCCCCUGUCCGGUCCUCCUCCCAGACCAGGCACCCCGGGGGCCCCUGCCUCCCCAGGAGGGCCGAGCCCCCUCCGGGUCACAGUGAGGGGGCACUGUGGGAGGAAGAGUCCUCACCCGCUGUCGCGGGGGAGAGCGAAGGUGUGGAGAGAGAAGAGGAGACGAGAGUGGGCCGGGUUCCCGGGGAGAAUGGCCACCCUGCAGUCACCUCGGCGUACCUGGCAUCCAGACAGAGCCACAGUCUGCUCUCUGCUUUCAGCAUCCAGGUCUACCGGAGGGCAGAGGCCCCUCUCCUGGGGCUGGCCGACCCCCCGGCCCCCGCUCCCUGCACCUUGGGCGGCCACCUCAGACAGGACCCCCGCACCGCCAGCGGACAGAGACUCGUGUUUGGGACGAAGCCCAAGAACGUGAGGCGUGUUCAGCCUCAGCUGCCCACCCUGAUGGGGACACGGGUUCGAAUCCCGGCUUCCUCUCACAGACUGCUGUAA